GUUCUCUGGGCCCAGCGCUCCUCUGCGGCCGAUGCCGCCAAGAACUUCAUCUACCUGACCAUCUCCGUCCCCGACGUUUCCAAAGAAGACCUGAAGCUCGACCUGAAGCCCACCAGCGUCACCUUCACCGGCACCUCCGCCACCCUUAAGAAGACGUACCAUGUCGAGCUUGAGCUGUACGCCGAGAUCGACCCCGCCGAGAGCCGCGUCAACCACACGGCCAAGAACAUUGAGAUGAAGCUGCAGAAGAAGGAGCUCAAGGAGGAGUACUGGCCGCGGCUGCUCAAGUCCUCUCAGAAGCUGCACUUCCUCAAGACCGACUUUGACAAGUGGGUUGAUGAGGACGAGCAGAACGAGGCUGCUGAUGACGAUCUGUCCAAGUUUGGCGACAUGGCUAACGACUUCUUUCUAGGAGGUGACUUUGGCGGCAUCGACUUCUCCAAGCUGGGAGGCGGCGCCGGUGGCAUGCCCGACAUGAGCGGCAUGGGCCUGGAGGGCAUGCCCGAGUACAGCAGCUCCGGAAACCCCGACUCCGACUCUGACGAUGACGACGACGAGAUGCCCGCGCUCGAGGGCGAGGAGGAGAAG